UGAAGUCACCGCUUUGGGAUCCCUGCAUUUGUCUUUCCUUUUGCAAGGCUUAUGUCUGCUGAUGACCUUUUGAAGCUUGGAGUCGUUUUAAGGGACUUGAUGCCCCUGGGGCCCUUCUUGGCUGUAAGAAUCGGCUCACUCUGAUGGGCUUACUCAAAGCAGGUGUGAUUUGUCUUUUCUCACACAUUGGUCACCAGGCUGUAUUUGCUCUGUGCUGCAUAUUCCUUGUCUCACCAAAGCAAUAGCCAGAUGAACAAAAACUGAAAAUUAUCCUCCGUAGUCAUCUGUGCUCGCACAUUUUAGAGGUCGCAAAAGAAUAAGGCUUCAGUACCACUUCCACAAAUCUGUCUGCAGAGCAUAUGUUUCUUCAGCCUAUGUAACAGUGAGCCUGUUCUUCCACAUUUUGCAUGACAUUAUUCUCCAAAUUUAUUGAGGCUCUGAUGUGUUCCUAGAGUGAACAGACACUGAUCUUGAUUGUUGCUGAUUAUAUCAAGCAUAACAGUGAGAAUGUGCUCUCGUGAUGAGAUUAAGCAGACAGAAAUCUAUUCACUUAUGUCUCUGCUUUUAACUUAGAGAUUAGUAAUUCAAAAGUAGCCCUGCUGUUUCUCUAGGAAAGGUAAAACCCUUAAGUCUGUAGGUACUGCACCAAUACCUUGAGCCCUGAUGCUCUUAUUUUCUUGCAGGAUUGGAUUUGGGACUCUUGAUUGACUUAAUACCUGGACAGUGGACUCUGCUGAGCAGUGCUGAGAUUGGACAACACGGUAUUGCCAUGGAACUGAUGUCAGUGUUAGGCAUUAAGCUGCUUAAGUCCAUUAAAAAAAAAAAAAGAUAUUUCACCUUUUCCUUUAAAGACUGUUUUUUGUUGUUUUGUUUUCUUCCCUUGGUAGGAUGCUACAGAUUUCUGCUUGAAUUGUUUGAGAACAGGGAUUUUAUUUUAAAAUCGUUGCUGAAGGCUUGAUGCUGUUUAUGUCCCUCUUGGACUGGUGACUUGGACCUUAACAUAGUUUGAGCAAUUCUGAUGAGUCAAGCCUGUGAUUUCAGGAGAAGAUAUUGCAGCUUUCUUUCUCUGUUCACAUUUAUUUUUUUUUUAAAUAUCUCUAAAUAGAUCUCGCACAAAGCAUUUUAGUAGAAGGCAGUGAAGAACAGUGCUAUUUAAACAGUGAUAAAACUGCACUUCGGCCUGACUUCGCUCUCGGCCAAGCAUACCCAUGCCAGUGGUACUGCAGUGAUGCUAUCAGACCUCUCUGGGAGGAAGCUGUGGCUGUAGAACACUGUUUCUUUACUACUGAUUUGGUGGUGAUUUCAGUGAGGCCGCUAUUAGUAGCUGAUAUGCCAAAAGUAAUGGUUACUGAAAUCGCUCAUUUUUGCUAAUUCUAGAACGGUACAAAAAAAUAGACUUAUAUCUGCUUUAAGCAAAUUAUGCCAAAAGAGAUCACUACUAUAAGGGAAUUGGCACUUCCGUGGGAAAGCAGCAUAGGGCUCUCUCUUCACAUGUACUGUAAUCCCAAAUACUUUCCUAAAAACGGCUUGUAACGGAUCUCUGGCAGAUUUCCUUUUGUCCUAGCACUAGUUGUUUGAAUCUUGGCAAAUGAAACAGAAGCCAGUGCUCACUAGAAUUAAUAAUAACUUAAUUUUUUUUUUAAGCUGUAUUUACACUCAGGAGCUUUCCUACAGCUCUUUUCGUCCAUAAGCUGCUCUUCCUGAAGAGUAUGUUCAUCACCAGGAGGUGUGCAGGCAAUGAAUGCUUGGGCGGCAGGGAAGUGUAGGAACACUAGCUCUCUCAGAACAAGGUGUGUGCAUCACAAACCCUGAAGCCUGAGCAUCACAAAGUGCAAACAAAUGCACAAAAGAUUACCCCAUCACACCCCUAAGUCCUGCUGCCCACCCUUUACAUGCUUCUUACAAAGUCUGGAUGCUCAGAGCAGAAGUGGGAGUGCUCUGGAUCAGUCGGUGCUGGGCUGUGUCACUGUCAGUGGGGGGAUGGUGAGAGAAGUGAUCCUUUAUUUGGGUUUUAAAUAGGUGAAUUUCAACUCAAAUUAAUGUGUACAUGUAUAUAAAAACAAUGUUAAUUUUGAACUGAUUGUCAUGCUUAGACUGGCUUGAAAUUGGUAUGGUAAUUUGAACUUCAAUCUCCACAUCAUUAACCUCCCCAUUAUUGCCAGUAAUUAGGAGCUGAUAUGACCUAAAGGCAAAACAAGGCUCUGACAAUUCUUGCUGCUCCCAGAGCAUUGGAGUGUCCCUGUUCUGGUACCAGCAGCAGUAAUUAGCUCAGGCAUGCUUUGGUGCAGUGCUCGUGUCUGAGCUGACCUCGCAGCGUGCUUCCAUGUGCUCCAUGCCUUUCAGCACAGCUGCUGCUCCUGUAAGCCUGCACCGGACCCGUGAUGCAGAAGGCAGAGUAAUGUGGCCUAUCCAUCUAUCAAUGAAAAGUGGAUGGGGAAGGAGGAGAUAUGCUAUUUCUAAAAUUUUUGAUAUAAUGACCAGAAGCAAUUACUUCAGUUUGCAAUUUAGUAAAACCUUGGAUUUUCAGCGUUCGAAAUAUUGCAAAAAGAAAAGAAUUGCAUAAUAAAGAAUCAGCAAUAUAAGUUUUAUUUGAUCUCAUUUUAAUUCAAUGCCAGGUUUUAUCCAAAUAUAUAGAAAAUGACUAAAACUGUUCAUCUAAGUUGUAAGUUUAUCAUUCGACCCUUUCAAGCAUUGAAAUAUAAACAUUAAAAAUCUGAAUAAAUAUAAUCUAUAAAAAUGCUUAAAUAAAUUUAUACAAAAAUGUAUUCCAUACAUGCAUAAAUAAUCGCCAGUAAUGAGAAGUACAGAAUAAGCCUACUGAUGAUCAUUUCCAUCUCUUGGAAAUAAUUGCAAGAUAAAAAUAUAAAUAACAUUAAAAUCACUGAAACAAUGCUUUCCUGUUUGCUAGUAUAUAUAGUAACCAGUUAAUUAAAUCACUCUGACUUAAGAGCACCGUUUUUAUAUGAUGUUGCAAAUGAAACAGUAUAAAUAGUUUUAUAAUAAAUAAAUUCAAUAACUUAAGGCAUUCAUCUUUUAAAUAUUACACUACAUUAUGUAGCUAUGAAUAGGAUAGCAAGUACAUUAUUAAUGUUCCUGGCAUCAAACUGAUCAUAAAUCAUGGAAGGUCACAUGUAGGCAAAGCUCUAGGAUCCUAUAGUUAUUUUUUCAUCCUGACAUAUUACACUGCUGCUGAAGAGUACAUUUUCGUUGUGUUUUGCAUAAAUUGUUCGUAUUUCUCUAAAACCAGCCAAAUGUACAUCUUCUUCUUUGCUGUUCUCAUUGCUUGGAUCUCACUGUGAUUGUUCUGCAGAAGGUUCUUGUCCUUGCAGGUGUGAAACGCGUUUCUUUCGAGCAGCGUCAUGUUUAACUGGAUGGUGUUUACAUUCACAAAGUCAGUGAAAUUCUUACCGCAAAUCAUUUCUAUAUCACUUUUUAGGGUUUCUAAAACGUUGUAAAAUGUAUGCAUGCAGCAGUCUGCUUCUACAGCUGAGCACUUGGGUAUUUUCUUCAUCAUUUCAUUGACUUGGGUGUCAGUAGUUAGCCAGUUCUUGGUUGUUUGCGUUACAGGACUACAUACAUUCUGCAGGGGAGGAAGAGAGCGUGUUAAUCUUUUGGUUUCCAUCUUUCCUGGUAGUUUCCAUGUUAGACUAUCAAGGAGUAUUCCAUUGUGUCUGCUUGAGGUUUCGUUGUUGUUGUUCUAAUAGCUGUAUUAACACCUACUUUCCUUUAUCAAGUAAGUCUUACACACUGUCUGUGGCUGUGACUGUGCAGCACUUUCUAUCUUAAUAAUCUACUUGUCAUUGUUUUUGGCAUUUCUCAGUCUUUUUGUUGUUGUUGCCGUAUAGGUAAAAUUUCCUCAUGCUUUGACCAGAGCAUAUUUUUAUCUGUUUUAGCAGAAAUGGUUUAGAUUUCAAGAAUGAAUUCAGGGGAAAUGUUUUACACUGAUUUUUAUCAAUAUACGUUCCCAGGAAUUGAAAUUUGCCUGUAGCAUUGUUCCUUUGAUUCAGUGCAUGUUUUUGCCAUCUCUGAGGAAAGGCUGAGCAGGAUUUUUUUUCAGAAGUGAACUUGGCUGUCCUAGCACUACUGUCAAACUGAAGAGUAAGGCAGUCCUCUCUGUCUUCCCAGUGAUCUGACUAGUUUCAUUCUAGAAGCUGCCUGCUCCAAGCUCAGCGUGAAUUAGGAGAUGAAGAAAAAUGCAUAAGUCUGGAAGACCAGAGCUACCUAAACUGCCCUAGACAGUGCUCCAACAUGAUUGUAAAAUAAUGCAAUAUAAAUGCUUUCCUUCUUAUAUGGACUACUGAGAGGUGCCUCUUUCAGUUUCUAACCCAAAUAUUUCUUUUCUGGUCUUUCUGGUAUUUUAGAAUAAUUCAAGGCAUUCCUCCCCAGACAGAGGCCCAGCAAAUGCAAAAUAGUACACUUACGUAGUUUUUGAACAAGGUAGUUGCUCGCUUUUCUAGCACUAGAAGGGGCUUUAUGCUGGUAGUAUAAUGCUUCUGCCUCUGUCCUGUAGUAGUUUUCCCUUCUUCUGAGGCAGCUGUUGGUGCCAAGGAGACCAAAGGAACCAGUGAACAGAAGAGGAAGAUCUUAAAUGUGAUUUCUGCAUUCAGUUGAAGAAGAAGAGGAGAAGAAAUACAAUGAGUACAGUCUCAAGCCUCUACAUCAUUUUUGCAAAACAUCCUGGUUUUGUGCAGCACACUAGCAUCCUAGAGCAUAUGGACUUCAAGCAGCAGAGCUAAUGAUGAGCAUCACCCAUUGCAGCCAUGCGGCAUGGCUAAAUUGCACCCACCUGCUCGGCGUUCCAUGGUGGCUCAGGCAGCAGGAGACUUGCGAGAUGCUGGUGUUCAAGCUGCUUGUUGGCUGGAGAGCUGUGAAUGGGGAAGCUCGGUGGUGUUGAUGGGGACAGCUCGGUGGUGUUUAAGUACCAUGAGUUUUGCGUCAGUGGUUCCCCCCUGGUUUUUUGCGGAUGCCAGUGUGGGUUUUUUCUUUUUUUGAAAGAUUGCAUCAAAAGCUGGUUCAGAUGCGUUGUCACUGAUUGUGAUCUAGAAUGCAGUUUCGAGCUGACGCGGACAGUGUCCUGUAUCAUCAGUUUGACUAGGAGUCCAGUAUGCUUGGUUUAGCCAUCCCAUCUAAAUCCUCUGGAUCUCCAAAUGGUACAAUUUAGAUCAUGAAUUCUGUUGUUUCCUUCCUCAAACAUGCUGGAGUGUGCAAGCACACAACUGGGUUGUUGAAGCCAGCAACUAUCUCCUGAAGGGGCCAGUGCAAGAGUGGGCUAAUGCUGGAAGUGAAAGAGCCACAAGGGACUCGUAUGCGAGGCAGACCAGGCUGUGGAUGAGUGUGCACAUCCCUUGCUGGAUCUCCAUAACACCCUGUGCGCCAGUUGUGAGCCCUUGAUGCACACCAGCAGAGGAUGCCCAGGAACCACCUCUCAGCUCUCACCUUCUCUCUGACUCUGCUGAGGCUGUUUUUUCUGUGCGCAGUUACCAAAGGCAGGAGAACCUCAUAUGCAGCAAAACAGAAAACUUGUUCCUAGAACUUAGAAGCACGAGGCUGUAGAGGACUUGCAGAACUGCUGAUAUUACAGGACAGAAAUCAAAUUAGAGGAAACUCUUAUGAAUGCACCUUUGUGAAAAGAUACAGUGGCACGUUUUCACUUUUAAUUCUGUGACUAGAGAAAGGCUAGAGAGCAGUGGGAGAUUCAAAGACAAACGUGUGCCAGGUCCAGAAAACUUUCAAGGAGCGUCAUUAGGGAGUCAGAACAUUUUCUGUGUGAAGUUAUCCAUCUGACAAUGAAAGGCCCGAUGUGCAUAAGUUCCUAUGGUCACAGGGACUGCUUUCCAGGGCUGAACUGAUUCCAAAGACUUGAAAGGGAAGGGCAUUUCCUCUGUACCAUGUUGCAAUCAGGUCCAACUGGGCUGUGAUUUCAGCCUCAGUGGCUGGCCCAAGGUCAUGAUACUGGAGCUUCACAAACCCAACAAUGUUCUGUUGCUGCUGCCAAGGUCUGAAGCAGAGGGAUGCAGCCAACCCAUGGUGCUGAGCUGCUCCCUCUGAGAAUGGAACGGUAUUUGUUGUUGUACAACCCAUGUUCCCACAUGCUACACAGAACAAAGAGAAUAAGUUACCAUGGCCUGAGGUGUGGGGCAAGAGUACAGCAGAAUGCCGGAGAAGAACCCAGAAAGCACUGCUCUGGCAGAGACUUCUUUUAUUUGGAGCUAUGUGUUAUUUGGAGAUAAGUGUUUCUUUGCAGAAGGCAUCAUUUGGGAACAUCCCAACAAAGACACCGAUGAGUAUAGGUGGCUCCUUUCAGGUAGAAGACCACAUCCUGGAGGGAUGCUUGUUUGGAAGCACCAGAAAACAGAGAUGCAGUUGGUGAAAGCCCCACCGUGCAUUGCACAAGCAGGAGGUGACCAGGCAUCAGGCACUGCCAGUCCCUUCCAGUGGCCCCAGAACAAGUCCCGCUUUGUCACAUACGCAGGCUCCUCAGGGGAGGAGGAGGAGAGGCUGCCGGGUGAGGAAAGCCCUGAGGCGCUGCUGGAGCUGCUGAGCGACCCACACAGCCCCUGGGCCCUGCCACCGGGCUGCAGCCCCGAGGACCAGCGCCUGCGGGAUGUGGCUGUGCUGGCUCCCCAGCUCACCCGCGGCACCCGCGUCCUCCAGCUCUUCAGGUCCCUGCGGAUUGUUGGCAAAGAUGUGGAGGAAGUCGACAAGGAUCUGUUGCAGUUACAGCACCUGGAAGAGCUCACGCUCUGUGCCAACCAGAUCAGCAGGAUAACCUCAGCCAACCUGCCCCGAACACUGAAGGUCCUGGAGCUCUGCUGCAAUGCUGUGGCUGAUCUGGAGGGCCUGUGUGCUCAGCCUCCUCCGGAGCUGCAGCACUUGGGGCUUGGAUACAACAGGCUGCAUGGCCCUUUGCAGGACAAGCGCCUCACUGCAGACUUCUGGCCAAAUCUCAUCUCACUUGACCUGAGCUUUAAUAACCUGACGGAUCUGUUUGGGCUGGUCUCCCAGCUGUCCAGUCUGAAGAAGCUUCGCAUCCUGGUGCUCCAAGGGAACCCGCUGGCUCUCAUUCCUGCUUACAGAGGCUUCAUUGUGGACAGCCUGCCCAAGCUUUCCGUCCUUGAUGACAUCCAUAUAGAGCUUGAAGAGAGGUACCAGUUCUGUGGUUUAUCGAAGCAGCCAGAGCUGAUCAGAAGUGAAGCACAAGUGGUUGUGAGCAUUGGGAAAAUCAAGGGAGUUCCUGAUCCCAGCACACUCCAGGAGCUGGAGGUUGGCUCUGAGGCACCGGUGAUCACCUACAGCUACUGUGUGACCUACGAGUUUUCUGGAGAGGAGGUUGAGGAUGGUGGCACUGAGGUCACUGAGGUAAAAAAUCAUCAGAGUCCUGUGGUGGCCACUCAGGACGUGGACAGCUCUGCAAGGGACGUGAAGGAAACAAAGGGCCAGCAGGAGUGUGCAGCUAUGGAGGACCCUGUAGCACAUACUGCAGGGGUGUUUGUCACUCCUGGAAUGCCCUGGGCAGACACCAUUGACUGCAGCUACAGGAAAGAGCAUACUGCCAAGGAUUUAGUGGGGCUGAAGGACUACCUGCGAGCUGGAACGAUCGUCUCGGUGGUGGAGGAGAAGGUGCUCUGGUGGCCUGUCAGUACUGAUUCAGAGGAAAAUGCUGUAAAAAGUGGGAAGGAAAGAGAGGGGCUAAAGAAGGACAGCACCAAGGGUCCUGGGCACAGGGACAAGGAAAAGAAGAAGAAGAAGAAGAAGAAGAAGAAGGAGAAACCAUGUGAACUCCGCAGUGAUCCACCCAUUCGGAGGAUCCUGGGCUCUGGGAGGGUGGCCCUGGAAGCCUUGCUGGCCUCUGAGACGCUGGUGGCGACUGUGUGUGACUUUGGGAUCCUCAUCACCGAGCAGCGGCUGCAGCCACCAAAUCAGGAGGAGAAGUUGCUGAAAUAACCCUGCUGGAGAAACACCCGUCCCUGUUGGCAUUGUAAUUUAAUGUUGAUUUUAGCAGUAAGUACUAUUACUUUUCACGGGCCCCACAUUAAGAAAACAGAUGACUCUAUUUUUCCAUCCAAAAUUAAAGCUCGUGCUUUUUCUGAUGCUCUUUCUCUUGAAACAGCAACACAUACCAGCCGUCCUGACACUUUCUGUUUCAUGGAGUCUCUCCUCUUCUUCAAGCAUCUCUUCUGCUGUGCUCAUGCUUCAUGUCAUGCUUUCUUUAGCCCUUUGAAUGCCGGUGACAGAACCCAAGCAGCGAUGGCUGUCACAAGACUGAAUGUGGGCAGUGGAUUUCGACACUGCCUGACUGUGGAAAUGUCUGUCUCCACAGGACAAGAAAAAAGGCAAAGACAAGAGCAAAAAAACAAAAGCAGAGAAGGAAGGCCAGAAAGCCACAGUGCCUGCCAAAGG